AUGGCUGGGCAACUGAUGGGUGAUGCGUUGCAUCACCUCCUCCGAAGAGCUGCCGAUUAUGACACAGACCCCGACGAUGCAGAUGCUCCGGAAGCAGGCACCAAGGAGUUCUUCAGCUCCUGGGCGCUCUUUAUCAUGAUUGCUCUGCUGAUGAUGGCUCUAUUCACGAGUUACAUCCUGCAGCAACGGAAGAUCGAAGCAGUGCAUGAAACAGUUCUGUCUAUCUUUGGAGGCAUGUUCGUCGGAUUGAUCCUUCGAUUAUCCGAGUCGCCCAUCGAGAACUUCGUCGCAUUCGACUACCAGUUCUUCUUCAAUCUUCUCCUUCCUCCUAUUAUCCUGGCCUCGGGAUACGAGCUACACCAAGCGAACUUCUUCCGAAAUAUCGGCACGAUCCUCACGUUUGCAUUCGCGGGAACCUUCAUCUCGGCCCUUGUCCUCGGAUUAGUCCUGUUUCUUUGGACAAGGAUACCAUUGGACGGAUUCAGUAUCAGCUUUGUCGAGGCUAUCUCGGUCGGCGCUACGCUCUCUGCGACAGACCCCGUUACGAUUCUAGCCAUAUUUAACCUCUAUAAAGUCGAGCCGAAGCUAUACACUGUUAUUUUCGGCGAAUCAAUCUUGAAUGAUGCUAUUGCCAUCGUUCUCUUCGAAACGGCGCAGAAAUAUGCGUCCAGCGACGCCGAGUCCCUGUCGAUCCUUAACCUCUUUGAGGCUAUUGGGCUUUUCCUCUUGGUUUUCUUUGGUAGUAUGUUGGUCGGUGUCAUUGUGGGAAUCCUGACCGCGCUCGGCCUGAAGUACACUCACGUCCGUCGCCAACCGAAGAUUGAGAGCUGCUUGAUUGUGCUUAUAGCCUACGCAAGCUACUUUUUCUCCAACGGUGUUCUUUUGUCCGGUAAGUUUGGGGAGUUCCAUAUUUCAUUUCUCGAUGCUGAUUGA